AUGUACACGCCACUGAUGAGUGUCAUUCGCCUUAUCAUCAAUAAGAAUGACGAGCACAGUGAGUAUAAUAAGGCAAUCAUACUCCACAACGUUGAGAAAAUCUACAUCAUGGCUGGAUUCUCUCUAUUUCUAUAUUUCGUCGCGCACGGUGUAACAGCUCUGAUCUCUUACGCUGCGCAUCUGCUAGAUAUGGUGUGUUCGACUUGCAAAGGGCUGGACAAGCGGGAAAAUGAGAGUAAUGAUUGUGCGAUAGAGAAUGUCGACAUAUUGCCGUACCUUCUACGAAUGAAGCGUUCGGUUCAUCAAAACGCGAUGACUAUAAAGAGAGGUCAGAAGGGUUUUCCGAAGUUCAUCCCGAAGGACUCCGAAUUGCAGCAGAACAACGACGAGGCUAUCGAUUUGAAAUGUGAAUACAGC